GGCCUCAUUGGCACAUACGACUAUGCGUUCCUCUUCAGGCCCAAUCUUCCCUUCAUGAAGAAGGACCGACGGGCUCCCCCGUUCUUUGGCCUCCAUGACCGCAUGCCCGUUUUCCUUGCUCUCCUUCUCGGCUUCCAACAUGCCCUCGCAAUGUUGGCCGGCGUCAUCACUCCGCCCAUCAUCCUAGGAAGCGCGGCACACCUGGACCCGAAUACCUCACAGUACCUCGUAUCGACUUCGUUGAUUGUUUGCGGUUUCCUUUCUGCCAUCCAGAUUGCCCGUUUCCACAUAUGGCGGACUCCCUACUACAUUGGCACCGGCCUCAUCUCCGUCGUGGGCACCUCGUUUGCGACCAUUCCCGUUGCCACGGGAGCUCUCGCCCAAAUGUACGAAACUGGAUUCUGUCCCUCGGAUGCCAAAGGCAAUCCACUGCCCUGUCCCGAUGGUUACGGCGCAAUACUCGGUACGGCCGCCGUGUGUUCCCUCUUCGAAAUCGCCAUGGCCUUCACUUCGCCCAGGAUCCUCAAGAAGAUUUUCCCUCCUCUCGUCACCGGCCCCACAGUCAUGCUCAUCGGCGUGAAGCUCAUUGCGUCCGGCUUCCAGAACUGGGCAGGCGGAAGCGGUGACUGCAAGUCCAUGCCCAAGGAAGGCCUGUUCCGACUCUGUCCCAACGUCAACGCCCCUCAUGCUCUGCCAUGGGGAAGUGCCGAGUUCAUCGGUCUGGGAUUCUCCGUCUUCCUUACCAUUAUCCUUUGCGAGCGGUUCGGAUCUCCCAUUAUGAAGUCCACGGCGGUUGUCAUCGGUCUCCUCGUUGGCUGCAUCAUUGCUGCUGCGACCGGUUACUUCGACCAUACCACCAUUGAUGCCGCGCCCGCCGCUUCCUUCAUCUGGGUGAAGACGUUCAAGCUCAGCGUGUAUGGUCCAAUAGUUUUGCCUCUCAUUGCCGUGUACAUUGUCCUGGCCAUGGAGGCCAUUGGCGACAUCACCGCUACCUGCGACGUCUCGCGCCUCGACGUCGAAGGCGAGCUCUUCGACUCCCGCAUCCAAGGCGGCGUUCUCGCCGACGGCAUCAACGGCUGUCUCGCCGCCCUCGCCACCAUCACGCCCAUGUCGACGUUUGCCCAAAACAACGGCGUCAUCGCCCUGACGCGAUGCGCGAAUCGAAAAGCCGGUUUCGCCGCUUGCUUCUGGCUCAUCGUCAUGGGCAUCUUUUCCAAGUUCGCGGCCGCCCUGGUGGCCAUCCCGAGUGCGGUAUUGGGCGGCAUGACGACGUUCCUCUUCGGCGCCGUGGCCGUAUCCGGCAUCCGGAUCAUCUCGACGAUGCCGUUUACGCGUCGUAAUCGCUUCAUCCUGACCGCCGGUCUUGCGCUGGGUUUCGGCGCGACCAUGGUGCCUAAGUACGUCUUUCUCCUGUCUCGUCUCCUCUCUCCCUUCGUGGUAUCUGAAUAGAAAAACGCAAUGCUAAUCUUGUCUACGCGAAUAGCUGGUUCUCCUUCGUCUUCACCUAUGAUGGCGACAACCGCUCGCUCUUGGGGUUUUACAACGCCAUUGAGCUCGUCAUGGAGACGGGGUUCGCGGUCGCGGCGUUUGUGACGCUGAUUCUGAAUCUGCUGCUUCCCGAGG